UAAGCAAGGCAGACGACUGUUCACAUUUUUUGACCUGUCAAAAAAACUUGCGCCGAACUGUCUCGUAAUAAAUAAAAAUUCCUCAGUAUUUAUCUAUACAUAAAAACAAUUCGUAUUUAGUGUGUUUGCACAAUGCCAAUUUCAUAUUUUGUGAAUCGUAUCAAAGGUUUGAUUUUGAUCAUCCUCAACGUUUUCAAACGUGUCAUGUGCAUUUUUAACAAGCGUAGACGUAAACCCAGUGGAGACGUCAUAAUGGAAUGUGUUGUAACAGAAAGUAGCACUGAUAAAAAUCGAGACAAAAUGAUACCUUGGAAUACUUGGGAAGAAAAACCAGCAACAGUUGAAGAUCAUAUAGAGCAGUACAGGAAAUCACUUACUAAGCUACGCUCAGCCAGUGAAGAAAUAGCUCACGAACCUGACUUCUUCAAUGACAUGACGCCUGAAAUAAAAACAUCAAAUAGCCUGAAGCUUAAUUUCCGUCCUUUACCUAAUCAGCAGCAACAGCAGAAAGUAACUUUUGAUAUUCAAGAAAAUUUUGACAGCCUGUUAUUGUCACCUCCUGGACUUGGUGAGAUCGUUGAUGAAGAUGAAAAUCCAACUUCAACUGGUUGGGAUGCUGAUGCUGAAGACAUAAAUGCAGUACUGAAACAGCAGAAGAUGGAAGAGAGAAGGAAAAGAUCCCUUAGAUCAGGGGAGUAAAGACUACUGAAUUUAAAGAAAAUGAAUUUCAUUUGUCAUACAUUGAUUUCUGUAUGAAUGUUUACAAUCUACUUGUUUUUGUGAAUUUUAAAA